GCUGCUGCCCCCCCUGGCCUGUGCGCCGCUGCUGUCGUCGUUGUCCCUGCUGCUGCCGCCCCCGCCGCGCCCCCCCCGCCGCCAUGGACAAGAUCCUGGAGGGCCUGGUAAGCUCAUCGCACCCGCUGCCGCUCAAGCGGGUGAUAGUGCGCAAGGUGGUGGAGUCUGCCGAGAAGUGGCUGGACGGGGCGCAGUGCGAGGCCAUGUUCGGCCUGACGACGCGGCUCAUCCUGGAGGGCCAGGACCCCUUCCAGAGGCAGGUGGGGCACCAGGUGCUGGAGGCGUACGCCCGCUACCACCGCCCCGAGUUCGAGAGCUUCUUCAACAAGACGUUUGUGCUGGGCCUCCUGCAGCGCGGCUACCACUCGCUGGACAGAAAGGACGUGGCCAUCCUCGAUUACAUCCACAACGGGCUGCGCCUCAUCAUGAGCUGCCCAUCCGUCCUCGAUCUGUUCAGCGUGCUGCAGGUGGAGGCGCUGCGCAUAGUGUGCGAGCGGCCCGAGCCGGCUCUGUGCGCGCGCCUCUGCGACCUGCUGGGAGACUUCGUGCAGUGCGUGCCCAAGGGCAAGCUGGCGGUGGCCUUUUGCCAGCAGCUGGUGCGCACCAUCGGCCACUUCCAGUGCGCCUCCGGACAGGAGAAGGAGCUGCGCGAGUAUGUGGCCCGGGUCACCAAAGUGAGCCACCUGCUGCAGAACAUCUGGAAAGCCGAGCCCUCCACGCUGCUGCCCUCGCUGCAGGAAGUCUUUGCCAGCAUCUCCUCCACCGAUGCUUCAUUUGAACCCUCUGUUGCCUUGGCAAGUCUUGUGCAGCAUAUUCCAUUACAGAUGAUUACAGUUCUCAUCAGGAGCCUUACCACGGAUCCAAAUGUAAAAGAUGCAAGUAUGACACAAGCUUUGUGCAGAAUGAUUGAUUGGCUGUCUUGGCCUUUGGCACAGCAUGUGGAGACGUGGGUGAUUGCACUGCUGAAAGGACUGGCAGCAGUCCAGAAGUUUACUAUUUUGAUAGAUGUUACUUUGCUCAAGAUUGAAUUGGUUUUUAAUCGACUUUGGUUUCCUCUUGUGAGACCUGGUGCUCUUGCAGUUCUUUCUCACAUGUUACUUAGUUUUCAGCAUUCUCCAGAGGCUUUCCAUUUGAUUGUUCCACAUGUGGUUAACUUGGUUCACUCUUUUAGAACUGAUGGCCUGCCUUCCAGUACAGCCUUCCUAGUUCAGUUAACAGAGCUGAUACACUGUAUGAUGUAUCAUUAUUCAGGAUUUCCAGAUCUUUAUGAACCUAUUUUGGAAGCCAUCAAGGAUUUUCCUAAACCCAGUGAAGAGAAGAUCAAAUUGAUCCUCAAUCAAAGUGCCUGGACUUCUCAGUCUAAUUCCUUGGCAUCUUGUUUGUCUAGACUUUCUGGAAAAUCUGAAACUGGGAAAACUGGUCUCAUUAACCUAGGAAAUACUUGCUAUAUGAAUAGUGUGAUACAAGCACUGUUCAUGGCCACAGAUUUCAGGAGGCAUGUAUUAUCUUUGAAUCUAAAUGGGUGCAAUUCAUUAAUGAAAAAAUUACAGCAUCUUUUUGCCUUUUUGGCUCAUACACAAAGGGAAGCAUAUGCACCACGAAUUUUUUUUGAGGCAUCCAGACCUCCCUGGUUUACUCCUAGAUCACAACAAGACUGCUCUGAAUACCUCAGGUUUCUGCUAGACAGACUCCAUGAAGAAGAAAGAACUCUGAAAGCCCUGUCUUCACUGAAGCCUUCUGAAAGUAUGGGAUCCGAUGAAGCCUCAUUACAGGAAGUAACCAACAAGGCAGCACCAUAUACAGAGAUCCCUUACACAAAUGAUAGUGAGAAAACCUUAAUAGAAAAAAUGUUUGGGGGAAAACUUCAAACUAAUAUACACUGUUUGAACUGCAGGAGUACCUCACAGAAAGAGGAAGCCUUUACAGAUCUUUCACUUGCAUUUUGUCCUUCCUCUUCUAUGGAAAACCUAUCUUUCCAAGGUCCAUCAUGUUCUCCUAAGGUGCAGGAUGACUUUGUGGUACAGGCUAGCUUGGUAACAGCUGGCUCUCCUGAAGAGUCAGCAUUUUGUCAUCCUGUCCCCCCUGGCUUUGGCUCAGAAACAGUCAUGGAUGAAGCAGCUUUAGACAAUCUUCCUUCUGAGCUUCCCUGUACAGAAAACACUUUGGUUUCUAAUGAACCAUGCAAGAUUCAGAUUAACAGAGGAGUAUCUCAGAAACCAGGAGGUGAAAACACACCUUCAGUUACAGACUUACUAAAUUAUUUUCUGGCACCAGAGAUCCUUAAUGGCGAUAAUCGCUAUUAUUGUGAAAACUGUGCCUCUCUUCAGAAUGCAGAGAAAACUAUGCAAAUCAUGGAGGAACCUGAAUACCUUAUUCUCACUCUCCUGAGAUUUUCAUAUGAUCAGAAGUGUCACAUACGACGCAAAAUCCUAGACAAUGUGUCACUGCCAUUGGUUUUAGAGUUACCAGUCAAAAGAACUAAUUCCUCUCUAACUUCAUUAUCAGAAAGUUGGUCGGUAGAUGUUGAUUUCACUGAUACUGGUGAAAACCUGGCUAAAAAGCUCAAGUCCUCGGGGACUGAUGAAGCAUGCUGCCCAAAACGGGUGCCCUAUCUGUUAAGCUCUGUUGUUGUUCAUUCAGGCAUCUCCUCUGAAAGUGGACAUUACUAUUCAUAUGCCAGAAAUAUCACAGGUUCUGACUCUUCCUUUCAGCUGUGCCAUCAGUCUGAAACUCUGGCUCUAGCUUCCCCUCAGGGUCAUUUGUUGGGGGGAGAAAUUCCUUCCGCAGUUAUUGAGCAGGAUCUGGAAAAUAAUGAAAUGUCAAAGGAGUGGUUUUUAUUUAAUGACAGCAGAGUGACGUUUACCUCAUUUCAAUCAGUCCAGAAAAUUACCAGUAGGUUUCCAAAGGAUACUGCUUAUGUUCUAUUGUACAAAAAACAGAAUAGUACUAGUGGUUUCAGCGCUAAUAAUGCAACUAAUGGACUCUGGGUGAAUGGAGACCCGCCUCUGCAAAAGGAACUCAUGGAUGCUAUAACAAAAGAUAACAAACUAUACUUGCAGGAACAAGAGCUGAAUGCUCGAACACGUGCACUACAGGCUGCUUCUGCUUCCUGUUCCUUUAGACCCAAUGGAUUUGAUGACAAUGACCCUCCAGGAAGCUGUGGACCAACGGGUGGAGGGGGUGGGGGAGGAUUCAGUACAGUUGGCAGGCUAGUUUUUUGAUCCUAAAAAGGAAUAGUCCAAUCCUGAAUGCACUGAUUAUAAAACGGCAUCCAAUACUUAUGACUGUUAAAAUGUCAGAUUGUAUCAAACAUAUCUAGUUUUAUUUUCUUCUGCAUUUGAUCCCUAUACUAAGAACCUACCCAUUACUUGUUUUUAUUUUCUUGACAAUACAUUUAUUUAUUAACAAAGUGCAUCAUGGAAAAAAAUCUACCUCUUAAAAGUCCAUUUACUUUUAUGGUUAGACAUGCUUGACCAAAACAAAACAUAAAACUUUCAAAGAAAAUAUAUACAUGGUCCCUAAUUAAGCUGCAUUAAAUUUAGUAGAGGCAAUUAAAUUGUCCUGCUCCUAUUCAUACUGAGCAAAAGGGCAGUUUAUUGUCUUUUUGAAAAGAAAUCUGCAUUGAACCAAGAAAUGAGGAGGGUGGGAAGAGAUUCGAAACAUUCAAUGUAUUAUCCAUAGUUAUCCCAUCAUUAAAUUUGUAUGUCCUUGAAAAUAUCAGAGGUGAUGCAAUCUAUAAUGAAGGCAAUAACUUAACCUUUGUCUUGCUACAGUACUUUCCAGGUUAGUGCUCUUCAGAGACAUUUUAUUUACAUUUCAAGUACAAAUGUUUAAGGAAAAACAUUUAUAGAUAUUUGCUAAAUUGAUUUCAGAAAAAAAAGGUGCAUGGUCCUCUAGGAGCAAAAUUUUUAACUAGAAAUUGCUAACUUUGUAGUAUUUCUAAUUGUUUAAGGAUUUUUAAAUUCUAUUUCAGGGAGUAUAUCUGCUUCGUGUUUUGAAGGAGGUGGGUUCUGUAUGUGCCUUGCAGUACUGUAAUUUAAAAUGUGAGUUUUUGGCUGCAGAAAAUUUAAAGAACAUGAAACCUUAGAAAUUAACUUCUUUUGUGUUGAUGGUAUUAGAAUUAUAACUUUUUGAAAGGUAUUAGAUUUUCCAGAAAUAAAAUCUGGUGGUUCUAAAAAAAAAAAAAAAAAAAAAAAAAGAAAAAAAGAAAAAAAAUGUUUGGUAGUUGACUUUAAACUCCUGAAAGAAUUCAGAAGAAAUUAUUCUAGGAAAGCAUAAUUUUUUUGGAUUGCAUUAUUAACCAAACAAAAUCCUAAGCAUUAAACAUUGAUCCCAAAUUUUUGUAGCUGUAAAUUUGUUUUAUUUUUUGGUUCAGAUAUCAUCUCUGUAUUUUAUAUUUGUACUUCUUUUAAAUGACUGAACUCCAAUCAGUACUUGUGCUUUCUUACUCUACACAGAAUUCAAAAAUAAUUAUUUUUUAAAUUAAUCCUCCUACUGUGUUCUUAGGAUUUGAUUGUUUCACCUACAUUUGCUUUAAAAACAGUUUAAGCAAGAAUUGGAGUUAGAGAAUUUGGCUUUGUCUUUUUUUCCUCAAUGUUUUAUGACAAUAAGUAAAAAGUCCAAGUUUCCAGAGAAAGGAAAGGUGCCCAAGAAAAUUGGUUUGAGUUAAAAGCUGAAAAUAUUUUUUUGGUGGAACCAGUGUUGAGACAGCAUGACAUGUAGUAGAUUGAGAUUGGCUUCUGAAUGAAGGAGUCUGGGUUCAGGUCCAUCCUCUGAAACAUACUUGAUUGUAUGACCCUAGCUAAGUCAUGUAAUUUCUCAGGGCUCCCAAACAACUCUUAAGACUUUAAGUUACACAGCAUGUGUUGCUAUGGAUUAAAAGGGAGACUUUCCCUGGGAAUUUUCCCCCACAAAACAGUUCUGUCAAACAGCAGUUCUGUCAAAAUUUUGCAUUACUUUUUAUUUUAAGGUUGAAUGAGUUUCCUAAGGUUUUAUUAUUCACCUUUGCUGUAGGUUUGGGCCUAUAAAGACAACUACAGCAAUAUUGUACAUGUAUUCAUAUUUGUGAUUUGUGGCAGUAAGAGAAUGAAUUGUGAAUAGAGCCUUCUUCAAAGAGAAUUAUUUCAUAGACCAGGUAUGAUAGAAAAGCAUAACAUUUGAAUAGAAGAGUAUGAACUUUACUCUGGAGAUUUCCUACACUUUAUAUAUUGUCUGCAGGUGACAAGAUGGCACUGUCUACAGGAUGUUUCUAAUUAGGUGAAGAUUGUUAUUGUGGUGGGGUGGUUGGUUGAUUUUGGAGAGGGUUGGGAAGGUAAUUUAAAGUCAGGCUUUUUUUUUUUCCUUUUUUUUUUUUUUUUUUUAAUUUUUAUUUUGUUUAUAAUUCUGUUGCAGCCAACUUUGAAUCCUGUUUUUACAAGUAAUUUUUGACAUGGAAAUAAAAAUGUAUUACUAGUGAGAUAUAAUGUAUAUAAACCUUAAAGCAUUAUAUAAAUGUCAGUUAUUAUAUCAAAGACUUGAAGUGAACUUUAAGAAGCAUUUCCUCAUCAUUAAUCUUGUUGGUAAAGAAAUUUACUUUAAAGUUUACAAAAAUUGUAAAUGCAUUAGUUUGGUUGUCAGCUCUGAUAUAAACUUUGGGUCCUAUGUUACUAAAACCAUUUAGAAUAAAUAAUACAGCAUAAACUUAACUUUGAAAUUUUACAGAAAUUAACAUCAGUUACUACAAAUCUUUGUCUAGGGCAAGAAUUGGAUCCAGAAUUAUUGGACGCAUAGUUCAUAAAUGAGGCAUUGGUUAGCAGAGGAUAAAAGACAUGCAUGCUGGCUAAUUUACUGCCCCCUUCAAUGAUUUCCAUAUAAGUUUAUAAACAAGAGAACACAGUGUCAUUUCUCCUAACCAUUGUACUUUCCUUCCCUUAUUCCACAGGCUUUCUUCCUAAUAGGAAUCCUCAUGUAGAGUUGACUUGAUAAAGAUAGCAAGUUAACAUUUCUCUUUAGUUUAGCCCAAAGAUAUUUUUUUUGAACAAAUGAGGCCGAUUUCUCCCAUAUGGAAAUUUUUGUUGUCAGUGCUUACUUACCAAGAGAUAGAAAUUUAGGCUUUGUCUUUUUCAAAAGCAGCUGACAGAAAAUAAUAAAAGCAAAGCUUCAUUUGUUCCUUCUCUGAGAAGGAAGAAAAGAUUAUUUGACAUAAGGUGUAAGGGCUGGAGUUUGGUCCCUAAAUUGUCCUUGCUAUUCGACUUGUAAAUCCUUUGUGAGAGGACGGUAUUUUAGCAUGUUCCUGCCUAGGCUUUAAACCCAGACCCCACCCCACCUUCCAAACUCCCCUCUGUUUCCCCUACACCCAAUUGUUAGAGCUACAAUCUGGACCUGCAUUUGAUACCCCUAGUCUUCCCUUCUCCCUCCCUUUCCAAAAAAGGCCUUGGAAUCCCCAUAAAUUCCAGUGUAUGAAGUUAAUAGCUCUCAUUACUUUAAGUUACUGAGGCUCACACCACAUGAGUGUGGGCCCCAAUCACAACUUGGUUAAAGCGACUUAGUGAGAUAUCUUGUGUUUUUUCUAGGCUUACAACUGUCACAAACAUUGAAGAACUAAAUCUGUUUUGAUCAUGAAAUGAUUUUCAUAUCAUAUCCUCUUUUUUUUCUGUAUUUUUAUUCUUGUCAUUUUUCUGACUGGCAUAAUAUUCGUUAAGCCAAAAUAGAAGUGAAUGUGUACUGUGAUAAGUUGAAAUUCAAUCGAAUGCUUUUUGCAGGUUUUUACUUUUACAAUUAAAGAAUCUCUGUAUUCCACAGUAAGGGUGCUCCCUCCACUCCAAUAAAGACGUUCUUAACCCUGUUUUAAACAUUCAUUACCUAGCAGCCAAGCCACCCCAUGAUAUUUCUUUAAAAAGAAAAAAAGAUUAAAACAACUCAAGACUUAUUUAUUGGAGUGGACACCUAUGAAUCUUUCUGCAAACUAUAAUUUUAAUUGUUUUUUUAUUAAUGUCUUACCUUUCUGUGACUUUGAUUGCUAACUUUAAAGCACAAUACAGAAAGAUUUUAAAAUACAA